AACUGUUUAGUCGGUAGUAAACUGUAAGCAGAAGAGAAAAUAGCACUGAUCGGAUUUAACCAUCACCCCGACUGCCGGGGAGCUGAUGAAGGCGAAGUGGGAGCCGAUUUUCCAGGGCGCUUGACCCAUCCUAGUCAGAACAAGGGACAACCCCACCAGGGUGACACUGAAGGGAGGCGCCUGCCAGGAAACGCGCCGCGAGGCAGCCCCAUAUUUGGAAGGGAACCCAGGGAAGCGGGGGCGUGAGAAAGGAACGCGGCGUUUGCCGGAGCUGGGCUUCCCCUCCGCCGGGUGUCACUCUGGGCUGGGCGAAGCGCGCUGCGAGGCGGAGCAGCCAGACUGAGCGCCCAGAGCCGGGCGCCGGCUCCGCACGGCCGCUCGCCGCCCCAGACACCUCGGUAGGGUCAGGAUCGUCCCGGCUUCGCCGGAGCCUGCUCGCUCGCCGCCAUCCGCUUCGGGCGCGAGGAGGAACGGGACCGGCUGCUGCCUGCCCCGCCGGGAGGAGGCUCCGCGGCCAGCAGGCGCAAGCCGCCCCAUGCCAGGAGGAUGCUGGAGAGUGGCUGCAAGGCGCUGAAGGAGGGCGUGCUGGAGAAGCGGAGCGACGGGCUGCUGCAGCUGUGGAAGAAGAAGCGCUGCAUCCUGACCGAGGAAGGGCUGCUCCUCGUGCCCCCCAAGCAGCCGCAGCCGGGUCCCCCGGCCGCCGAGCCGCCGGCCGCCAAGAUCAAGGAGCUGCACUUCUCCCACAUGAAGACGGUGGACUGCGUGGAGCGGAAGGGCAAGUACGUGUAUUUCACCGUGGUCAUGGCCGAGGGGAAGGAGAUCGAUUUUCGGGGCCCGCAGGAGCAGGGCUGGAACGCCGAGAUCACGCUGCAGCUGGUGCAGUACAAGAACCGCCAGGCCAUCCUGGCCGUCAAGUCCACCCGCCAGAAGCAGCAGCACCUGGUCCAGCAGCACCCGGGCCACCGCCUCCGCAGCGCCUCCAACUCCGCGUAGGGCGCUCGAGGGACCGGCCGCGGCACAGCCCAGGUUGAAUCCAAGGAAGUGAGACUGAUCAGCAUCUUUCUGUUGUGAACAUAUUUCAGUGGAUCGACAAACUUGGCAAACCGAGGAGAGCCACGGAGCGGGGAGACUGGAGAGCAUCAGUUCAACAACCUGAAAACCCAGCGAGUUUUCUGCACAAUCCCUUCCUUGGUGCGGGGAAAACAUUUCAAGUCAUAUGGACUCUGAGUACUAUUUAUGAACCUUGGAAAGGAUCGUCUGACAUGAUGGGGCGUCUAGGACACAUGAUGUACUGUACAUUUAUUUUAAAGUAUUUUAUUUUAUGGUUAUUUAUUAGGGAUUUUGUAAAAGGCUAGUUUGCAAGACCUUUCUGAAUGUAGGCCAUUAUCCAGAAAUCAAAUUCCAAAUAAAAAUUCAAAGCACACCUUAGCUCCUGCAUAUAUUGCAAACUUUGGAGAGAGAGAGAGGGAGGUUGUGGGAGAAGUGAAUGACUUAUAUGGCCAUGAAUUUUGGGUGAUUUUCCACAUGGAAUACAAUAGUUUUCAUUUCUACCCAAAAUAUUCUUUUAGAAACUUGUUAUAUUAAUGUGGAAAGUAUAAUGCAUGGUUUAGAAUUAGGAUAAAGAUCUUAAUGCACAAGAAAUUGCUUCUCUCCAAGGGUUGGAACCUGAUGCCAAGGUUGUUAUUAUUUUUUAAACAUAAAUAUGGGGGAAGAGUAUUACAUUUUAUACACAACUCAGUUACACAAAAAAUAAUUUGAUUCAUUAUUAUUAGAUAAAAUACCUUUUGUUUCAUUUAUCAUAUACAGCAGUUGAAGAGGGAGCUCUGACCAAUUUGAUUUGUGAUAUGAGAAUGUCACGUUAAACUUAUAUCAAUUUUAUGUGCUCGUUUAUUUUGUGUUAUGAAAAUGGUUGUAAGAGCUGAGAACUAUUUAUUAAAACUUCUGUACAUUCGAGUUCAGGGCUCUCUUGGUACAGAAGGUUUAUGAAAGGGCCAUGUUCCUGACCUUUUUCUGGCAGAUUUUAAAGCCCAUCUUGUAAAUGUCUUAAAGUAUUUAAAUGAGUCAUUUCAGUCAUAAUUUUCCUAAACUGAAAAAUGCUAUAUUGCUGAGAUAAACAAGUUUAUUUUAGAAUGUAAUAUUACCAGAUGUUGAGAGAUGUGUUGGGAUCUUGUCUGCAUUAUGUUAAAGAACCCCAUGAAGUUAGAAAACAAAGUAGUAGGCAUAUGUGUCUUCUUUCUCCUGUUGAAAUCAAUGAGAGUUUUGCUGUUGAUUUCAGCAUAUGGGGUGACUAGACCCUGAUCCAGAAAAGCAAGUUAUGCCCGUAAUCAUGUGCUUUACUGAAUUGGGCCCUUAAUGUGGUGGAUCAUUUCCCAUUUUGCACUGCUGUAGUUAAAGCUCUCUGCUUUGAAAUAAAUAGUGAGUUGUCCUUAAAAAUCUGAUAGUACGAUACGGCCUGUUAUCGCUAAGUCAAGGAACAGAGCCUCAGCCAUGGAACUAUUUCUUUUUACCAACUCAGUAGGGAAACUGCUCUGCCUGUUUAUAAGCUAUACAAAUGUAAACAGACUUAAAGUAAUAUGUUUAGAACUUCUGAUUUGUAGCUUUACCUUAAAAAAAAAGACUGGAUAAAAGAAAACAUGAAAAUGACAGAGAGAGAUCUUAAACCAAGCACUGCAUUUGAAGGGUAUCUUUUAAUUUACCCCCUGUCUCACAAUGAGGUCCAGUCCUGCAAGGUGCUGAGUUCAUUCUGCUCCCCUUUAUCUUACAGGGCAUUCAGGGUACUAAGCCCCUUCCAGAGUGAUGGAACAUUAUUUAGCCCUGAUCCUGCAAACCUGUAAGUAGCCCCAUUAAUGUCAUUGGGACUACACAUGUGAAUGAAGUUAAGCAAGUGUUAACAGAAUUAAGGCCCAGUCCAGCAAACCCUCAUGUGAACAGUCCCAGGGGGCUAUUGGAGUUCAGGCCCUUUGUGGGGAUAUAUAUUGACUGGAUUGGAAUGGCAGGUUACAAUUGCCUUAAGAAAGUCAUUCCUUUGAGGCUAAUUGAAACUGAGAAUGUUCAGCACCUUGCAGGACUGGAUCCCCUCAGUCUAGGACACAGGAAGGAAGGAGAUGAAAAGAUACCCUGCAAGUACAGCAGCUAGUUUUCACAUCUCAAUACGUUUGCCAUUCUCAUUCUGCCAAAUCGUAGAUGAUUGUGCUGGAAGGGAGACUUACAAAAUAGACUGUAAUUUGUAGUGGCUCCUUGAAAACCAUCGCCCUUGACUGUGUAAAACAUCUACCUUUUAAAAAGUGCCUAAAUAUUGAUUUGUGGAAAAAUGUGACCUCUUUUUCAGAGCCAUUAAUUACAGUUUAUCAGGUAGCUAAUCCACCCUUUCAGAUAUACACCCAUAGCCCAGAAAAUUCACCUAUCAAAACAUGCAUUUAACCAGGUAAAGAAUAAAUGUAAUUAUUCAAAAUAUGUCUCUCUGUGAUCCAAGAUAUGUACUUCCCUGGGAGAUGAAGUCAUUCCUGUCCUACACAAACCUGAUCCAAAGCCCACUGAAGUCCAGACUCCUCCUGAUGCUAGAAGGACUUCCAUUGACUUCGGCGGGCUUUGGGUCAGGCCCUAAAUCACUUAAUUUUAUCAUUUUCCCUCAGAGUGCUUGUGCUUUUAAAAACAAACAAGGACAUCUUUUAAAAGGUUUAAAUAACAUUAAGGUUCUGUCUCAAACUGAUAAAAGGCAAGACUUUCAAAAUCAAGUUUGAUGGCAUCAUUAGCUCACACUUUGAUUUCAACUUGAUGGGAAAAUGUAUCAAAGUGUCCUCUUUCAUGUGGCAUGUCUUGAUUUAUGUUGGUUUGAGACAGGCUCUUUCUGUAUUAUUUGAACAUCUAUCUUAAAUGUAAUAAUCUUUAUCGUGAACAAACUGUUGCUUGUUGAUACUGCCAAAUGCAUUACUUAUUUCCCGUUAUGUUGUUUAAAACAUUUCUGUCAGCCCAGGUGCUGCUGUGACAGGUGAACAUCACAAAAUCCACUCUGAGUUGGCAUCUGUGCUUCUGGUAUAAGUAGAAGGUCCAGUGGUUGGCUGGGAUGAGGGCGUUCACUGCCUCAGCUCAGGAUUGAGGUGGUGUGAGGACAGCCUGGCACAUGCUGCUGCUCAUGCCAUCCCAGUGUCAAUAAGACUUCAAUCUCUGGGGCAUUCAAUCUGGCAACUUUCUCAAGUACUAAAUUUACUAUGCUCUUCUUGAGAAUAGUAGCAAUACAGACCAAAAAUUAAGUUGGACUUGUAAAGAUAAAUGUUUGUUUUGUUCUUUUCCUACUGAACAGUCUUCAUUGACUCUACUUGGUUAAAUAUUGAUUGUCACCUACACGUUCUAUGUCAGUGGUAACUACUCAAAUAGGUCCAGUGGGUCCUGCACCAUUCAUGGCAGAACAACAUGCAUAAUCCAACUCAAGGUUCACGAGUGAAGUAACCAUGAUAGCCCCUCCCUUUAAUGGAAGGAUAGAAUGGGUGUAGGACUCAAAUGAGUUUAAUAGAAAACAAACUACAGUGCCAGUAAAACAAAAAGAGGUGCUCAGUGUAGUUAGCAGCAGUGUGGAAAGCUGGUUAAUAAAGAGGUCAACCUUUUAUGUCUUAGUAGAAGACAUUGGUGCAGACUGAAUGUGCCUGCAUGUAAGAAGGGGCAGGAUUCGGCAGGGAAAUUCAAGCUGUGGUGACCAUUCUGUCGCUUAAUAGCUUUGUAUUCAGAAGCAAGAAGUUCAACCAAAUAUGAUCUCCAUUCCAUCCUGAAGUAGCUCCUCUUCUUUAAAGUUCAUGAUCUGUAACUGCUGGCUUCUGAUCAUUAGCUGCAGCGAUGUACCAAAUGUUUUCUAGCAUAGCCCGUCGUUAGCUGAAAUAUCGGUGUUGUCAAAUUUGUGUGUAAAUACGACUCAUAAAUGAUUUCUGAGAGAUGUGACUUAUUUUUCAAAAUGCAUUCCAUUUCAAAUAAAGAGGUAUCUGUUGAAAUGAA